GUAGCUAUGGCUGUCAAACAAGUAGUGGGGAAUAUGGAGAAGCAGCUCAAUCCAUCAGCCUUUCCUCAUCCAUGUUCCCUAGACUCCUCACCCGAGGUUGACAGGCAUGGCCUCUUAUAUGAGAUCCUGCAGCUUACCUCAAGGCCUAAAGAUCUUGAUAACACCACAGUGGAGCAAUUUUCCUGCGAGCAGACAGCAGAUUAUAUCAGCUGUCCAGGAGAUGGAGAUGGCAGCAGUGGUCCUGAUGCUGCCUUACAAGCAUCCAAGACACCUGUAGACCAGUCCAUCUCAUCUUCACCAACUUUUGCACAGCAGGAUGAGAGCAUACCCUCUGACGGAACAGCUGCCUUGAGAAAGCAGAUGACAAUAGUCCGUCAUCAUCUGGAGGAAGAAGGCACAGCGGCAAACAAGAUCAAUGUCCUGAUGUCGGACAGAGUCCUCGGCCCACUAGUGAAACCCUUGGUGGAUCAGAAAGGCUUGUGGAGUAUCUGGUUCUACAGUUGCUGGGGAUCCUCCUCCCUUUGUCAGGGCCAGCUGCUGAUGCCUCUGAACGUCACGGAAAGGACAUGGCCACCAACAUCGUACUGUACCAACAGAGGCCAUCGAGAGAGUGUCAGCCAACACCAGGCACUCUGCUGUGGAAGACAGCACCACCAGCACGACCAAAAAUCGCAUGCCUGUGGACAGGGAUGACGUCCCAACAGUGAGCUGUUUCACAGGUGUGUCGAAAAUCUUCAGAAGAGCGUUCAGCAAAUGGCGAAAAAAAUCUAAGGUGGGCCCAUCCAGUUGAGAGGUGAGCUCCUGUAGAUCUGCACUACAGUUGAGACAUGAGCUCCUGUAGCACCUUGGAAAUCUGCCAAACAGCUGAGACGUGCGCUCUUGUAGAGCUUUAGAAAUCUGCUCUACAGUCGAGACAUGCGCUCCUGGAGAAUUUUGGGAAUUGGCCUAAUUGAGACAUGCGCUCUUGUAGAGCAUUAUAAAUCUGCUCUACAGUUGAGACAUGCAUAAUUGGAUAAUUUUAGAGAUCUGCUGAACAGUUGAGACAUGCGCUCUUGUAGAGCUUUAAACUGCUCUACAGUCGAGACAUGCGCUCCUGGAGAAUUUUAUAGUAAUACAUACAGUUGAGACUUGCGUCUAAGAAACCUCUGCCACAUUUGAAGCUCACGCUUGCGCUCCUGCAAAAUUAGGAAAAGAUUGGAUUGGUCUGUAUGUGUGUGCAUACACAUCUCAAACACACAGCAAAUAAAAACUUCUAAAUGACCAGAUGGACUGUUUUUAAAAAUGUUCUCAGUAGCUUUGGUGCAUUUCUCAAAUCUUUAUUAACGUUUGCCCAACAGUUAGUAUCUCAAAACAAUUAGCGCAAACGUCACCACAUAGUGGAUACAAAACUAGACAGUUACACAUUACUGUGUGUGGGUUGAUGCAAGAGAGUGGAUUUGUUUCAAAGUUUUUACUGUUGACAGACUUUAUGACAGUAUAAAGAAGGCUUUUACAGCAUUGUGAAAAUGAAUGUUGUUCCUCUCUGUCAGAUGAUAUGUAGGCCUAUAUAUGAUAGACUUACUAUGACAGCUAGUUAUGAUAGGUAGUUCAACACUUUUGGAUGCAACGACUCAAGCUAUGAAUUAAUGGCAGUUUUUUUUCUGGGGUAGGACUAUUCAGCAUGAAACAAGUAUAGUGCAUUUUGUACAAACUCAGUUGCAUGGAUGUAUUAACGCAGUGCUGUUUGCUCAAGAUGGGGAGAAACUGCGUCAGUGAUGUGCAUGAUUAAUAAUGGUAAGAGUGGUAAAAUGAUGGAGUUUGAACAACCAGUUUUGAGAAUUUCAAAUUCUGAUCCGAGAAAUGUGCCAAAGCGACUUUGAAAACUGUAGGCAUAACGUAAUGUCUGUCCCAUAGCAAACAAACACAGCCAACUAGCUUCAGAUGCAGAGCGGGAAAAAGCCAUGUCUGUCAUUGGUUAACAAAGUGUGGGGAAGUGCUUUAUAUGCUGCAGGAAUCUGGCUGUAUCUCAAGCCUCUUUGGGGGAGAAAGACAGCGUCAUCCACAAGCAGAUGAGCGAGUGAGAACCGGAUGGUGAACCGACGACGAAGCGACCGGCAUUCUGCCAGAAAAGAUAUAAGCACACACACACACACAAAUAUAACACGCCUACGCCUACACAGUGUUAUGACUCACAUGUGUUAGUGUUAGAAGCCCCUCCCUCAAUACGCAGGUUACUAAUGUAAUUCGGUUACAUUAGUAACCUGUAGUGAAUACCCCCACUAUUUUGAGCCGUUGAGGAAAUUUUAACCACAACACUGACUAACCACCACCCUCCCAAUCCCCCACCCAGCUGGAGAAAUGGAGGAAAUGUUUAACUGAACCCCGACUAGCUACUGUCCUUCCCCCUUGUUCCCAGCUGUGCCCCGGAGAGGCGGGAAGGAGCAUCCACCACCUCAGAUUAUCGGAGGACUGACCUACACCACACCCUGGUGGAGAGAGUGAGGCCCUGCACCACCCCCUGGUGGAGAGACUGAGGCCCUACACCACCCCCUGGUGGAGAGACUGCUCUCCCUCGUGGAAGCUGAGACGUCAACCCCCUGGAUUACGUUUUUUACUUUUAUGCACUGCAAAGACACUUCUACAGACUUUAUUCAAUACAUAUAAUUGUUUAACUCCAUAUUGGCAUCCUGGCAUAUUUGGAGGUUGCAGUUGCUCCUCAGUGUAGUUGGUAAAAGAGGCGGUGGCACAUGCAAUUGCCUUCAUGGAAUCAUAUGGUCAUUAAAAUGCUAUGAAUUUCAAUCCCACAGAAUUAGCUUGACCAUACAUGAACCAAGAUGUAUGAAAUAGGCUGCUUUUAAGUGCAUCAUUGGCACAGCUUCUUAAAGGGGAACUUGGCAACUAUUUCAACUUAAUAAACCCGUUUAGAAAUCAUUUGGAUGGUU